AUGUUCAUCAAACUGGGUCUUUUCCUCGCUUUGGCCGCCAUUGCCGUCGCCUACCCUUCGAAUCUCGACGCCCUCAACGCUUAUGAAGAUGAAUUCAAUGGAGAUUUGAAUCAAUAUGUACCUUUGGAGGACGUUGAUGAGUAUGAACCGUUGUAUUUGGUGCGUGCCCGCCGUGAGAUCCAAAUUGAUCCUCAUAUUAACAAACAAGACGGUACCACCAACGCCGGCGGGUCAGUCACUCACCGUGGGGAUAAUCACGAGGUGACUGGUCAUUGGAACAAGAAUGUCGCUGGUCCCGGUAGGUCUAGGGCUAAUUAUGGUGUUCGCGGCAGUUUCAAAUGGUAA